AUGAAGGCAGAAGCCAUUGUCAUGGAUGUGCUUGCCCCUGCCUCUGUUGAAGAUUGCUUGAAAGUCCUCAGAAAACCACUGAAUGAGCAACGAGAGGCAACAACCAAAGCCCACACGCCAUUCUUCUCAGUGGCUUCAGAUGCCUCCAGUCAUGGGACCACCAAGCUAUUCCCACUGUCAGUGCGUUACUGGACGCCAGACUUGGGAGUACAAACGAAGGUCCUUGAUUUCUAUGAUGACAGUGAUGAAACAUCUGCCGCGAUCAACAACCAGAUAGUCACCAAGCUGGAGGAAAACGGACUGGGAUUAGACAUGUUAUCUGCAUAUUCCGCUGACAGUGCUAGUCUGAAUUACGGGAGAUACAACUCUGUCUUCCAGAAACUAAAAGAGAACAACAAUUGCAUUUUGAAGGGAAACUGUGUGGCCCACAUCGUUCACAACAGUGCAAAACACGCAGGAGAUCGGCUAAAUAUUGACAUUGAAAAUGUCUUCAACAAGACCUUUAGCCACUUCUCCUCAUCUGCCAAACGCAUUGAGGAACUUAAGUCAAUUCACACCUUUGUGGAGAUAGAGUACCAGUCCCUGCUUAGACAUGUGCCCACAAGAUGGCUGAGCUUGUGGCCUGCUGUGAAGAGGCUUCACGACAGCGGGGCUCCUAUCAAGACCUACUUUCUCUCAUUGGGAGAGGACCAGUGCCCAAAGUCACUAUGGCGGCUGUUCAAGGAUGACCAAGAUGGUGAAGGCAACCCCCUUGAUCUACAGGUUUACCUGUCCUUCCUUCUGCCUUUACUAACAUGCAAGUUCACCAUCCUUCCUCCCCCUUCUCAUUCCGUGAACCUCUGUUCCUGUGGUGUUGAGCAACUACAAUUCCUGUUAAUCCUAUAAUUUUAUAUUAUAAUUUAUUUAAAGUGAAUAAAUUGU